CAGCCUGGUCCUCCGUGGCUCUGCGACCUCAGAACAGGUGCCUCAGGACUUCAGCUGCCGAUUCCUGGAGCCACUGGACGCCGGUGUUCAUGGAAGCUGCUCCGACGUGCCGGCAGCCCUGACAGUCCAGGAUGGUCCUCUGGAUGCAGUCGUCAUGCUGGGCACCGAGGCAACUCACUCCACCUCACUACUAACCCUCUGCACCGUCCCUUCCGCCCCACCUCCCACCAGCACGCCCUGCCACCAGACCCCAAAUACCCCCUUCCACUUAACUUCCCACCCCACACAGCUCUCCCCCUGUCCCCCACCACCCCACCUCCUGCACCCUCAAAUUCACACCGCCUCCAUUCCCACAUCCUCCCCCCUGCCCCACCUCUCCUCACUCCACCCCCACUACUACACCUCCCACGGCCCCUUCCAUCCAACCUCACCCCUACCCGCAGCUCUCUCCAACCCACGCACUUGCCGACACCCCCCCACAACUCUCCCCACGGACCAACAUCCCACCCCAUAUAUACCCCCACCUUUCCCUCCACUGCUGCACCUCCCCACACCCCAUCACUCCACCUCACUACUACCCCUCUCCACUGCCUCUUCUCCCCCUCCGUCCACCCCCACCUCCCCGCAUCCACCAAAAUCCCCAUUCCCUAAAACCCUCCCCCUGCUGCACACCACCGCACCUGCUGCCCCCCAACUUAGCAAUCCCUAUCUUCCUGCACCCCUCUCCCACUCCCCCAACUGUCACCACCCCACCCCCACACCACCUCACUACUACAUCUCUGGACCGCCACUUACCCACACCUCUCACCACUGUGCCCCCGCACUGGCCCCCAACUCCCCCAUCCACUGACUUCCCAACACCCUGUUCUCACAAACCUUCAUCCAAAUGCAGUUUGGGAACUCCAGGGUGCUAAGAACCUAUGCAGCUUGCCCUGAUAUACUUCACCCUGCCCCCCAGCUCCCCUAAACCCCCACUCCCCCAAAUCCCGACACCCACCCCCACACGUCCCCCCAUACACCCAAUAUCCGACCUGCCACAUCCCCCCUUUCUCCCCCCACUGCCCCACAUCUCUGUAUCCCCCCACCACACCACAUCCACUAAGGACCUGCGGAGGCAGAGCCCUGGGCCUCGUGAGCCGCAGCAGGUGGGAGAAGGCGGGGUUUAAGGGAUGCCCAGAGGGAGGCGCGAGGAACCCCCUCCCCCGGAAUCCUUGCGCGUUCCUCCCGGCAGCCUCCAGGGGGCGCUCCGACCCAGCUUCCGGAUGUGAUGUCAUUAGUCUUCCGACUGGGAGGCCUGAGGGACGGGACGGCAUCGGUGUCACGGGACGGAUUCAGGUCACGUACAAGGACUCCAGGGAGGUGAGGACCUUGGUCUGAGUGCCCCGGGUCAGGAGGUCUAAAGAGGGUCAGCGGGGCCACAGAGGCAGGAGUCCGGGGUCCUGCCAAUAUCACGGGACUCCAGGAAUCGGCAACUGAAGUCCUGAGGCACCUGUCCUGAGGUCACAGAGCCAUGGAGGACCAGGCUGAGCCAGGAGACAAGGUUGCCAUUCCCCUGAGCAGCGUCAGCAUGCCUCUGGGUGCGUGGAGCGUGCAGUGCCCGUUGGAGGAGGCCCAGCAGGAGGCGAGCGAAGACCAAGGCCUGGAGGGGGCCCAGCCCUCGCCUCAGGAUGGGCCAGCCACCCUGGGAAGUGAGCCCCACGCCCAUAGCUCCAGCAGCCAUGGGGACGAGGCCGCAGGGGAUGCCAGGGCCUCUCUCCAAGAUGCGCUGCGCAGGAAGGAGAUCCAACUGGUGACCUUCCUGCUCCACAAGUACCGCACCAAGGAGCCGACCACGAAGGCAGAGAUGCUGGAGCUGGUCGCCCAGGAUCACCAGGACCACUUCCCUGACAUCCUCAGCCGUGCCUCCUUGUCCUUGGAGCUGACCUACGGCAUUGAUGUAAAGGAAGUAGAUCCCAGCAGCCACUCCUAUGUCCUGGUCCCCACCCUGGGCCUCACCUGGGAUGGGGUGACCGAAGAGCAGCGCCUCCCCAAGACCGGCCUCCUGGCGCUGCUCCUGGGCAAGAUUUUCCUGUGGGGGGGCCGGAUCCCAGAGAAGUAUAUGUGGGAAAUACUUAGUGCCAGGGGGGUGUACUCCGGGAGGGAGCACUGCAUCUUCGGGGAGCCCAGGGAGCUCAUCACCAGGGUCUGGGUGCAGGAGCAGUACCUGGAGUACCGGCAGGCUCCCGACAGCAAUCCUGCUCGCUUCCAUCUGCUCUGGGGCCCCAGGGCCCACGCAGAGGCCAGCAGGGUGCAGGUCCAGCAGUUUUUGCUCAGGCUCCUUAGCACACCUAUAGGCCCUUUCCUGUGCCCAUCUGAGGAGGCUAGGACCAAUGAGGAACAGGGUCCCUGAGCAGAGGGGGGCCAGGCCCGGGCCAAGCCCCCGUCAGGCAGGCGCUUCUGCUGGGCAUGCAGUCAGGCCCCUUCUCCCUCUGGCCUAGGAGAGAGAGCAGCCAGCACUCUAAGGAGCGCAGGUUCUGUGCCACGUGGGCUGGAGCCUCUGGGCUCCUGUUCUCCCCGACCCCAUGGAAGUGGGUCUCUGUUACCUCUGGUGUGAUUCCCCCUGUUGUUCCUUUUCAUAGAAAGGGCGGUUAGCUUCAUCGUCUGUUUCUGUAUGACAUGUAUCCCAUGUAUGUUUGGACAGUUUACCAGUUCAGUGCGUUGCUGUUUUGUAGACACAUGGGGACACCUUCCAUCUGAGUUUGUGACCAGAGCUAGGUCACAUGGCAUUGGCCUCGCCACUCCCUCCCAAAAGUGAUGGAAAUUAGCAGUAAAAUGGACGGUGUCCCGAAAUGGAGAAAUAAAAGUAGAGUUGGUUAAUUCUU